AUGUCGCUCUCAUCAUGUUUCGGGUCUCGCAAACGCGACGACCAACAACCGUUGUUGCCUCAGUAUCGCGAUGAUACAACGCUGCAGCAAGAGGUGCACCAGAAGCUCCACUCGUACCAGAUGUGGAGGGCGCUUUCCAUGGGUUUCAUGCCCUCGAAUGAACAACUCAUCAUCAACCUCCGUAGUUUGCUAUCUGCGGACAUCCUGAACCCGGAAAACCCAGAUUUGAGCGAUUCAGGUCGUCUGCUAGUCAAGUUCACGAAACAAUGGCUGCAUCAAUUCAUCGACACGAUGAACCACAAGAACAGCGAAGACCAGAUCCAGGACUUCCUCUGGUACCUUUCCAAGUCCAGGAUCGCUGUUGACGUGGAAGAUAUCGCGAGACGGACAACAAGGUCAAAGGCGAAGGCAGAUGCUACUGCAGCAUAUCAGAGCCUCCAGACUGUUGGGUCUUUGCUUCUCACGAACUCAGACUUCCGCAUCUUCCUCUCCGAUCUCAACACAGUCGGCCGCGAAGUCUUCAGAGACACGGCAUUCACACUGUCAAAUGUGGCGAAGAAGGCUGCAAAGAAGGUCGAGCCCUCGCCAGCGGAAUACAAGGCACUCAAAGAACCGGGUGCGGAUGAGGGUCCUGCCCCUUCGGCUGAAGAGCUGAGUAGCGAGAUCACCGACGUAGCCCAGGUCGUUGGAAACGGUGUAGCCAAGGUUGCUAAGAGGGCAGACGUCAGCCUGGCAGAGAAGCUACAGGGCGAUGAGGGCGAAUCACUUUUGUUCCGCCUGAAGAAGACGGUUACCAAUCUGAGGCAGAAGAGAGACUACAACGACUCCGUCUCGGUACUGGCACAGCUACUCAAGCGCUAUGCCUUGGCAUACUCUCGCACAGUCGAAGACGCCAUGGGUACGCUUGAAGCCGACAUCGACCCCAACCCAGCGAUGGAGAAGGCUGUCAAGAACUUCUGGACUUUCCUGAGCUCCUUUGGAGACAAGCAAGAAUGGAACAAGCUCGAGGACGCCUUCCACAAGGUCUUGGAACACUCCCGCAAGGAUCCUGAAUCCGAGGACCUACUGACCGACAUUGGCAACUCCCUCCAGAAGCUGCUUACUGACCCCGACUUUUUCGACCACGUCGAUGAGAAGUUCCAAGAGCUUCGAAAGAAGGCCAAGGGUGUGGGAAGCGAAUCAUCGCUCCGCCAGGAUGUCGAUGUGUUCUUCGAGCAGGCCCAGCGAACAUUCAUGGCUGCUACUCAAGAUGAGGAUAUCGCGAAGAUGAUCAAGACUACCAUGAGGAUCUGGAACAUCUUGUCGCCUGCGCACUCAUACACCAACAGCGAGCUGGUUCAAGACGCCAUCAACGUAUUCGUCCCUCUGGCAGUGCAGGCUAUCCAAUAUAUUCCCAUUCCUCGCCUUGAGGUCUCUACACCCGAGAUCGACAUGCUCUUGGAGAACUUGAUCAUCGAACCCGGAAAGACCGUCAAUCACACCUCCUUCUUACCCUUCCGCUUCAAGGUAGAGACAUACAACGAUUUCGAACUCCGCAAAGCCCGCUUCCGUGUUGCAUCAAAGGCAACCUCCAAAUUCACCAUCAAGAUCGACGGUCUCUCCUUCCGUGCCGAUGAGGUCGGCUUCCUCCUUCGCGCACAUUCUGGUCUUCUCCGUCUCGCCGACGAGGGUAUUGCAUCGUUCCAGCUCGACGAGCGCGGUAUCGACAUCCAUCUCGACGUCGAAGUCGGCAAGGAGAAACUGGAACAAAUUCUCACCCUCAAGGCUGUGCGUGUCCAUAUUCACAAGCUCACAUACAAGCUACGCAAGUCCAAAUUCAGCAUUCUUGGCUGGUUGUUCAAGCCACUCCUGCGCCCUAUCGUCCGCAAGGUCAUGGAGAGGCAAAUGGCUCAGGGUAUCGCCGAUGGUAUUCAUGCUGCCAACCGCGAGUUGAUCUUCGCCCGCGAGAGGCUCCGAGCCACUAGGAUCUCCGACCCAGAUGAUCUCAAGACGUUCGUCAAGGCUGUCAUCACUCGUCUUACACCUGCUGAUGAUCCGGAUGUCUACACGAGGGUUGGUGUCGAGGCGCCUGGCAAGGGUGUCUUCGCCGGCAAGUACGCACCUGGUAGUGUUGUCAAGCUCUGGGAAGAGGAGGGCCGUCGUGCGACAGAACGUAUCGAUGACUGGGAUGAGGGUGGUUGGAGGAACGACGUUUUCGACUUGCACGCCAUGGCACUUUCUUAG